AUGCAACUUGUACUGGCAGUCUUCGUAGUGCUGGCCGCUUCUGUGCAGGCUGCCAAAAAUAAUGAUGGUUAGUUGAGGGCGAAGAACAGAGGCGUUUAAGCUUCAUAUUCAGAGAUCCUUUCCGUUUUGUGAUUUUGCUUUUUCAGAGACGGCAAAGGCCGCUGUAACAAUCGGAAGCAACAAAUCCAAAUCUUUCCAUUCCAAGUUUCAAACUACUUGCGAACCUAACUGCUUUGACAAUAACAUGUGUUGCAAGUGGUUUGCUCCUCGGGGAGGAUGUGAAGAUCCGGCUAUUCAGCAACUGUGUCAACUGAGUUGUGGAAACUGUGACGGUGAAGCCAGACCGGUCACUAGUAAGCAAAAGGUGUACGGUGUUUUUAUCAUCCUUCUUUAGUAUGCGAGGACUUCUACGAUACUUGUGCAUUGCACGCAAGCCAAGGAAAAUGCGAUCCGAAUCCGUGGAUGCUUGAGAAUUGCAGAUACAGCUGCAACUCAUGCGUUUCCGACGAAUAUUUGUUAGAGACAUGCCCUUAUUCAGGAGGAUUAAAGCUAGUGGACCCUUGGUACAAAGGGUACCACACGAAUACCGCUGAGGCGCUGGUUGACAGUGGAACUCGCGUAUCGUCCUGA